AUGGAAUGUUUUCACGGUAAAUCAGCUGCUUGUUCUACAACUGCUCGUGGUACGUUUUGGUUUUGUGGCAAAACACCGAGCUGCGAGUUCUUUUGCCAUGACGAAGAUUGUUAUCUGUUUACGAGAGCGAUGGAAGCCUGUCAAAAUAGUGGUUCCAAUCAUCCCUUUUGCCCCACACAUCAGAGAUUGACCAAAGUACGUGUGGUAAAAGAUAAAAUGAUCCUUGCAACUUUUGGCAAUGGGGACACAUUUACGAAAGCCCUCGACCACGCUGCAAGCACGGGAUGGUAUGCGCCGUACAUAAAGUGAAAAAAGGACCCACCCAGAACCGCCUGUUUUACUGCUGCCCCCAGGUAGACAGCUGUGGAUUUUUCGAAUGGAAAGAGAUCGAGCCUCGUGUGACCAAGACUGGCUUCAUCCUAUUCAGUGAUCCGCUACAAUAUCGAUACAAGAAUGAAGACACUGGAGAAAUAUUCACUAGUACUAACAUUAAUGCUAAGGAAGCAUAUGAAGAAUUCCUUAAGAAGUAUGAAUAACUGUAAUAAAACGAAAUAAAUUGUUUUAUCAUCAUGAAUGUGUUCUGUAUGUUAUUGAGAUAAAUCACUUACAUUUCUCAUUUGGGUUUUAACCUUUACGGUGAGAGGUUCUCUGGUGAGAUAAAUAAUAUAAAUAUAAAAUAAAACACCCUUCUCUAUUAAUGACACACUCUAUCGCCAAAUUGACGGAAUAUCUAUGGGUUAUCCGUUAGGGCCUACUGUAGCUGAUAUUUUAAUGACUGCCUUCGAAGAUAAAAUCGUUAACGACAAUGCGUUGACGAUACACUAGUACUGAUUAAACCAUCUGACAUAUACCAACAGUACUACAGCAAUUCAAAUCUUUUCACCCGCAAAUUAAAUUUACACACAAAAAAUUCACUGACGACGAUGACAUUCAUUUUCUCGACAUUAAAAUCUCUUCCUCGAGCACACCAAUUUACCGCAAAUCAACACCGACACUGGCCAGUAUGUCCAUCCCUCCAGCUUCACUCCAUGGUGCCCGAAAACAGCAUGGUUAAGGUCCCUCGUCCAUCGCACACACAAAAUAUGCAGUAACAGCAUUUUACUGAAAAAUGAACUACAAAUCAUUGCUGAAUUCGCAUCAUGAAAUGAUAACCCUCGCCGCCUAGUCAACAAAUUAAUGGAGUCCUUCGCUCCUAAGCCAAGCAAUGAUGACAACGCCACUACCACCAACAAUACGGAAAACACAAAGUCACCUAACCUACCCACUAUUUGGAUUCAUCUGCCAUUCAUCGAUAAAAGAGGAACCUCCUUAAUCCAGACGCAUCACGGUUGCUCAAACAGCGCGCUAAGUUUUUACAAUCUACGACACUACAAUACAAUUCAAUUCAAUUUAUUUUGAACAAAUUUUACCUUAGUACAUUGGAUUAUUUUAUACUUGAAAUUUAGUUAUUUUUACAAAUUAUAGACAAGUUACUAUAUUAAACGGGUGUGUACAGUAGCCAAAGUAGCGUUAGCUUUCGAAUUGGCUUCUGUCUACAUAUAGUUUAAUUGAAUAGGAAAGAAGAAGUUCAGUAUAUACUAUUCCAUUUAUAAAACAAAAUAGCAUAUAGACGAUAAUAAGAUACUGCUACUUUAGUAUAUAAUAUUAAAUAAUUGUUACAUUAUAACAAUUUAUUAAUAAGGAUUGCUAGGUUAUAAGUGACAGGAUAGAAGAAAGUUUUUGAAUUGAAUUUUGAAGGCUUUGGCGGAUAAUUGUUUUAAGUGAAUUGGAACAGAGUUCCAAAGUUUUGAAAUUGUAAAUUUAGUUGUGAAUUUUCCGUAAUUAGUUCUAAUAUUUGGUCGAUAGAAAUUAUUUCUGGCUGACAGUCUUGUGAUUGUGAACAUUUCAUAUUGGUGUAAUUAAGGUAAUCACGAAAUAUAACAGGUACAUUUAAAAGGUCGUUAGACAGUCUAUUAGCAAAAGUAGCAAGUCUAAAUGGUACAAUGUUGUCAAAUCUAAGUAUGCCUAGGAGUUUAUAAUAAUUGCAUGCAGACUCCUUACGACUUGCAAAAAAAUACUACGAAUGCACUUAUAUUUAAAUUUGUUUAGUACGAAUCUUAGUUAGAUUUGAAUUGUACGUAUUACCCCAACUCAUAGCACCGUAGGUUAGAUAAGGAUAAAUGAGGUUAUAGUAGAGUUGUUUAAGCAUGUGUAUAUUGAGAUAAUGACGUAGUUUAUAAAAAAUCCCAAUGUUCUUGGCUAUUUUAUUAUUAACAUGUACGAUUUGACUCUUCCAAGUUAGAUGUUCAUCAAGGUAUAUUCCAAGAUAUUUGAUACAACUUUUACGUUCAAUAUUAUGUGUGUUUAUAUUGAUAUGCUCUUUUGUGUUUGAGGAUAUCACCAUAAAGUUGGUCUUUUUCAUAUUAACUGAUAAUUUAUUUAUAGAACAGUAAUCCAGAACUUUUUAAAUUUAAGUUCAGUAUUCAUGACUAAUUCAAGUUUUUGGGGGUCUUUAUCUGAAUAAAAUAUGUUAGCAUCAUCUGCAAACAUACGAAAGGAAAGUAUUGAUGAAGAGUUAACCAUGUCAUUUAUAUAAAUUAAAAAUAAGAGUGGUCCCAAGUGUUGACCCCUGGGGGACUCCACAAGUCAUUGUGAGAAAACUAGAUUUUUCAUUAUCUAUUUGCACAAAUUGAUGUCUAUUACUUAAAUAACUUUCGAACCAUUCAAAUGGCCUACCUCUUAUUCCAUAUUUAUAUAAUUUUGCUAAUUAGCUUUAGAGAAAUCAAUGAAGAGACCACAUGUAAUCAUCCUGUUGUCGAUUGAAGUUUUUAGAUUGUCAGUUGUCUCUAGUAUAGCUUGCUCAGUUGAGUGCCCUUUUCUAAAACCAAACUGAAAUUUACUUACUAUAUCAAAUUUCUCUAGAAAAACUAUCAGCUGGUCAUAAAUGAUUUUCUCUAAUGUCUUGCUAAAAGGUGACAGGAUUGCAUUUGGUCUGUAAUUGUUAGGAUCAGUCAUUGUUCCAUUCUUAUAAACUGGUGUUACUCUAGAUACCUUAAAUGCAUAAGCAACAAUACCAGUAGCAAUUGAUUGAUUGAAAAUAAUUGUAAAAGGUACUGAUAGGGAGCUGCUAGCCAGUUUAAUAAUUUUAUUUGGGAUUUCUAAUGAUGAUUUAGUUACAUUUAGUCCAGACAAUAGUCGACAAACAUAUUCUUCUGUGACAGGUGACAUAUAGAAACUUUGAUAUUGGGGAGUUAUUUAUGUAUUUAGUGGGAUCAUCAUUAGUGCUAGGAAUGUGACAGGCUAACUACUACAUUGACAAAAUGCUGGUUAACCUGUUCUGCAAUAUCAGAUUGUGUGGUGAAUACCUUAUUAUUUCUAAUAAUUCUAGAGGGAGAAGACUGACCUUUACUUUUGCGAUUAAUUAAUGUUCCAGUCAGUUUCCAUGUGCUCUUUAAAUUGUCUUUACAUAACUGAAAUUAUUGUGUAUAGUACUGUUUUUUGUCUUAGUUUUUAAUUUAUUUAGUACAUUUGAAUAUGUUUUAUAUCUAGAUACUUUUGUAGGGUGUUUGCUUAAAAAGUGUGAACGAUAUAACUUUUGUUUAGUUUUAAUUGAUUUAAUGAGUCCCUUAGAUAGCCAAGGCUUAGCUAAUUGCUUCACUUUGCUAAGCGAUGUCUGUUUCUUGGGAGCAUGUUUGUUAAUAAUUUGUGUGAUGGUAUUAAUACAUUCAGUAGACUACAAUCAAUAACACCUUUCUAAGCUUGACAGACCGAACCACGAAAGAUCUACAAAGUAGCGUUGUUUACAAAUUUAGUUGUCCUGGAUGUCAAGCGUCAUACAUUGGCAAAACAGAUCGCCGUCUGAUGACAAGGAUUAAAGAACACGCGCGCACCAAAGAAUCAGAAAUAUAUAAACACAACUGCAUGCGAACACUUCCUCUACUAUAGAACACUAAUUAAUCUGUCUCAUACUCUAUUUAAUCAUGACGAUUUUACAAUUGAAUCAAUUAUGCGUAACAACUGUAGAAUAUUAGAUAAAUCUAGACAUUGGUCCUUAUUACUUUCAAAGAGUCUCUCUAUAUUCACUGCCAGAAACCAGAACUUAACCACGGAUGCAAAGCCUCAAAAGAACUCGUAAUCUUUAGUUAACUUAGCAUAUUAUAUCAUAUGUCAUAUUAUUUCAUCUUGUAUAUAUAACAUGUAUAUUUUCCGCAGCGUCAUUACAGAUACAGAUACAGAUAUUUCACAGCACACUCCCUAUCAGAGCUUUUCAGUGACUGGUUACAUUAUGAAUAGCUAGGUAGAACCGGACUGACGUGAGCAGACCGAGGUAGACUUUGAGCUUACAAAUGGCGCUUGAGCUGCCGCUAUUAGUCCAUACCUCAUUAAUGAUCUGCCUCCAGACCUAUGUGCCUAACCCACCCUGUCAACUUUCCCUGUGGGAGGAAACACGGAGUACCCGGAGAAAACCCACGACUUUCGGCAGAGCGUUGACUUUUUACUCUUUUCACAUGAGGACUGGGUACGAGUCACAUUGAGAAGUUCUCACUGAGAUUUGAACCCACGGCCUUAGAGGUGAAAGGCAAGUGCGCUAACCACUUCGCCACUGAUGAUCACUGCAAGAUAGUCGAAACGUCGAAUUAAAAAUGUUAACUGUUUUAGGAGUGUCCAUUGUUUUGUAUUUUUUACGAGUUAGUUAGUUAUGGGCGUCAUGGUUGCGUCUCCCCAUCAACACAUCGCCUUUAUAUCCCAGACGUUACAAGCUUAGGCUGUUUUCUUCAUUACGAACAAACUGAUACAAGACUGCAAAAUAAAUAACCCAAGUAAUGAUCCUUUUUUAGAACCACCCGAUCCAGAUUUAUCCAAUCCAACGUCUUCAUCAAACCUUAACACUGGGGCCGUUAUUGGAGCUGUGGUGGCAGCACUGGUUGUUUUCAUAACGGUAAUCGUGAUCCUUACUCGUGUUAUAUACCGAAGAAAACCAAGAAGAGAGAGCACGGGAGACAUUGGUAACAUUCAAAAUGCUGCUUAUGAAGGUGACAUUUAUACAGACAGAAGACUGCCACAUGUACCUGAUUCUGAUAGUCAUUAUGAAGAACCAGCAAAAUAUGCACAACUGGACAGUUCCAAGAGAGUUCCCAUUGAUGCAAAUUAUCAAAGUUUAAAUAUGGAAUUAUUAAAUAUGGAAGGUUAUGCGCAACUGGACAGUUCUAAGAGAGUUCCCAUUGAUGCAACUUAUCAAAGUUUGGAAACACAAGAUCAGAUGCAAAUUGACAGAGAUCAACGCGAAAAUGUUCAGCAGUAUGGCUCAUUGAACAUUGGUAGCAAAUCACCUGACGUGUCGCUGUACGAAGCAAUGCUUUAG